UUCUUAUGACGUCUUUCACAAACCGCGCUGUUGGCGGGAGAUUCACGCGUGGUUCUACUCGUGACUGAUAUUAACGUGCUCCGUUAUUUUCAAGGAUCGGCUUUCUUGCUCGUCUGAAUUACAAUGGCAAUGCAGCAAAACGGGCCUUCUCGUAUCAACGGAGUCGCAUCCAAUGUGUUCGAACACAACGGCGAAACUGGCAUUGAUCACUCAGCACAUGUGAAUGGAGAAAUCCAGCAUAAAGAGGCCGAACGCUUCAACUUCAGCGCCGAGCCCUCUCUCGAAGACAUCCGCCGCAUGCAGGCGGAAUUCACGGACGAGAGGAACUGGAACCAGUUCCACCAGCCGCGGAACCUACUGCUGGCGCUGGUCGGGGAGGUCGGCGAGGUGUCGGAGCUGUUCCAGUGGCGCGGGGAGGUGGCGGAGGGUCUGCCGGACUGGACCGAGCCGGAGCGGGAGCACCUGGCUCAGGAGCUCAGCGACGUAUUGAUUUAUCUGGUGGAACUGGCCGAGAAAUGCCACGUGGAUUUACCCCAAGCCGUCCUGCGCAAAAUGGCCCUCAACAGACUCAAGUACCCGGCCAGCAAAGUGCACGGAUCAGCCAAGAAAUACACGGAAUACAAGGACUGAUGCGGUUGAUUUCACUGCUUUUGCCAGACAGGCAAAGACUAGUGUUAGAACUGAAUACAAGUUCACUUUAUGUUCACUUCUUGAUGUGUUUAGUUCCUUGUAAGAGUUUUAAAAUACCGAAUAAGCACACUGUGCUCUUUAAGUUGCUGAUUUUAUUCAUUUUAAACUAAAGUGAAUGGCACUACCCUGGUCAAGAGGUUUUUCAUUGAGCUUUAGUUAUCCCAUUGUAACCUGUUUGCACGUGUACUACAUUAGCAGCCUAAAUGUGUGCCUUUGUGUGUGUGUGGAUAAGCUCCACCAGACAGUACUCGGUGUCAAGUAUAGUGUUGAACAGCACACAUGACCUAUAUGUGCCUUUUUCUGACAUUAUUUUACAGUGUAUAGUUCUGACACUUGUCUUCAUGUAAAAAACUAUAUCCACUAGGUUGCAGAACAUGUAGAAAGAGUUUAGUAGGUAAUGGCUUUGUGGUCUAGUAAUAAAAACAACCUGUUUUGGGAGGAAAUCUUUAUAGCAGAGAAUGUAGACUUUUGUGUAACAUUCAUGCAGUCACAUUUAAACCUUGCAAAGUGCUCCUACUGCUUAAUGCAGCUAAAAAUAACUCAAUUGGUUGAAGGUUGAAAAUAUAAAUUGAGUACCGAGUUAUCAAAUAAUCUUCCUUUUACAUUAAAAGCUCUAAACAACAAUUUGGUUUGUGUUCAAGUUUCAUUGCUCCCAUUAUUGUACUUUUGCUGACUUUGGACUGCAUUAAAAAGCCGUAUGUCAUCA